CGCCCGCCAGUGCCGCCGUCGUCGCCGACUGUGUUGCGUGUGUGCUGCUGCCGUUGACCGCGCGCUUGGCGUCCACUGUAAACAUUGCACUGCAUACAACAAACUGUUACGUUACACUCUCCUACUUCUUAGGAACCGGUUACUCCCGAUAUUUCUAAGUGACACGUACCAAUUGUGUGAUUUUGUGUUACCUGGAAUAGUUUUGUGAAAAUCUAGUUAACUUAAUGAUAAUUGAAAGUGCUUGUGGAAUCAUUUUAUCAGUAGUGCAGUAAUGUGAGUGGAUAUACAGAAUUUUCUCUAUAAUUGGAUUGCUUUACGGCAGCGAAUAAUUUAAAUUGGCAGAAGAUGGCGUGUGUGGAGAGGAUUAGGCACUAAUCCAAAAUGGCCGUCGCCCGCGCGGUCCUGGUCCUUUUAGCGUCGACGGCGCACGCCUGGAUGCCGGAUGCUAAUGCACGGAUACACGUUAAAUACGGCGAGGAGACUUCAGAGCAGUUUGUGGGCAACUCAACCGCGCCUGACCACUUUCGUAUAUUAGACAAAGAUGAUUUUUCAAUCGUCGUCGGUGGCAGAAAUGCCGUUUAUAAUUUAAGCCUGUACGACUUGUCUGAAAACGUUGAUCAGCGUUUAGAAUGGCAGUCAACAGACGCACACAGAGAACUAUGUCAGCUGAAGGGCAAGUCAGCAGACGAGUGCCAGAACUAUCCACGUGUGGUGGCGCGCUCGCACGGUCGCUUGCUGGUUUGCGGUACCAAUGCCUUCAAGCCACUCUGCAGACGGUACGACACUUCGCGACAGAACCACCGCGUCGAAGAGUUUGACGGAUCCGGACGAUGCCCAUACGAUCCGGAACAUAAUUCCACUUCUUUAUUUACUGAUGGUCAGUUGUAUACCGCGACGGCAGCCGAUUUCUCCGGCACAGAUCCCCUGAUCUACCGCGAGCCGGUGAAGACAGAACGCUCAGAUCUCCGAAUUCUCAACGAUCCGUCUUUCGUCGGAGCAAUCGCUUCCACCAGCCAUGCCUACUUUUUCUAUAGAGAAACCGCUGUAGAAUACAUGAACUGUGGAAAGGCGGUGUACUCACGAGUUGCCAGAGUCUGCCUCAACGACAAAGGCGGACCACACACUUUCAGCGAGAGAUGGACUUCAUUCCUAAAGACGAGACUCAAUUGCUCCGUGCCUGGGGAAUACCCGUUCUACUUCGAUGAAAUACAAGCAACGACUGAGCUAAUCAAUGGAAUAUACGGCAGCGGAAACACAAGGAACGACAUAAUUUACGCCGUUUUCACGACGCCUCAGAACGCGAUAGGAGGCUCGGCGGUGUGUGCCUUCGCUAUGAGAGACAUAUUAGACGCAUUCGACGGACCUUUCAAAGGACAAGAGAGCAUGAACUCGAACUGGUUGCCGCUAGAAAAAGAAAAAGUACCACAUCCUAGACCUGGAUCCUGCGUAGAGGAUAGUAGAACAUUACCAGAUUCCGGAGUAAACUUUAUAAAGACGCAUCCAUUGAUGGAGAAAGCGGUUCCCUCAUUCUUAGCGCGGCCGAUACUGAUCCGAGUCAGUCUGCAGUAUCGUUUUUCAGCGAUCGCCAUCCAUCCUCAGGUGCAAGCUAUGAAUGGGAACAAGUAUGACGUCAUGUACAUUGGUACUGAUGACGGGAGGGUCAUUAAAGCUGUGAACGUGGCUGCGAAUGAUGGUUCGUUUGACGCGAGCGUGGAUGAGUACAGCAGGAACCCUGUGAGGACCGCGGUCAUAUCUGAAGUGCAAGUGCUGCCGAGCGGAGUGCCUAUAAAGCAAAUGCACGUCGCACUCACCACGGAGAAACUGAUUGUAGCUUCGGGAGAUAUCAUCAAAGGAGUUUCGCUUUCGCAUUGCACCAACGUUCUAUCGUGCAGGGAAUGCGUGGCGUUACAAGACCCGCACUGCGCGUGGGACUCGAAGGAGCAGCAAUGCUCGUGGGUUGGCAACAGACAGUUCCCGAACCCGGAGCGGUUUCUGCAGAACGUGGAGUACGGGAAGACUGAGGUGUGCAACAAGCUGCCCGCGCUGCUGCCGGAGCGGCGCGCCAAGCAGCCCAGCGACACCGUCACACAGGACGACGUUCGCAACGAAAUACUCAUAGAGGUCGUCGAGACCAACGUCGUCUCCGAAGACAAGGCGACCAACAAUCAUAAACAUGAAACUGAUCUGCUGACAGUGGAGGCAGCAGACGGCAACAUCUACAGCGCGCAGGCGCUGCUCACAGCAGUCGUCGCCUCCUGCCUCGUCACCCUCAUGCUUGGUUUCGUCAUCGGUUACCUCUUCUCCAGGAGAUUUCGUCAUCCCUUCUUCGCUGAUACUUCGCCGUUUAAUGAACAACACAACCACUUGAACAGACUCAGUCCCCUGGAGACUCCAUUAAAUGUCAACUCCGGGUACAUGCCGCCCCGUUCUAAAAACGUGAAUAUGGUGGCAAACGUCGGGCCGCUAGUCAAACAAGACAACCUGCAUUUAGAGCUGGGCAAAGACCGCUCUCUAGACAUGAGAAACUCAACCGAAUCCCUCGACAAGGACCUCAAGUGCGGCACGCUACAGAAAGUUAAAAAGACUUACAUUUGAAACCAACAAACAGUGUACGGUUCCAUUAGAAAGUGAUAGUGACAAUGAGUAGUGCCAAGUGUUGCCGGCUGGCUCGGAGUAUGACAAUGUGACGAUUUAUAGUAACUGUAAAUACUUCCUGUAUAGCCGAGUAAGUGACUAGUCUUUCACAUUUGGAGACUAUUAUAAAAAUGUGCUCGACUGUUCCGCGGCUUGUGUGCGAUAAACUAUUCGUGAUUUUAAUCAUCAAGACGCCGAUGUUAAACCAAAUAAUCUCUGGUGCAUGGACAUUUAGACAUCUGAAGUUGUCUAUACCUGUCCACCCCUAGGACAGUACGGUCGUGAGGACUUUUUUCUUUGUGACGACUCUGUUUUGUUUGAGCAGUGUAAGAUUGCAUUUAGGUAUUAGAAAUUAACGAUAGGAACUUUUCCUUCAGUAUUUUAAUCCAAUAUUUACAUCUUAUAAAACUAUUUAUCAAAAUAAAUGAAAUAGUUUUAUGAUUUGUAAUGAGAAUAUUGUGUGAAUAUUUAAUACUGUUUGUAACAUAAAAUUUUAAUUUGUUUAGAACCUAUUUAGCUGUAAAUUUAUAGGUUAUGAUACUAAAUGUGGACAAAUAAUAAAUACUGGAAGUGUUACGCCUGAUGAAAAAAAAUAGCACAAAAGUUCUAUAGAACUUAAAUGGAACUUUAACUCAAAGGCAAUCUUUGUUGAUUAAAUUGUUAAUUAAAGAGAUGAAUCUGACUUUAUCUGAACAAAGCAUGAUAUUAAGGCAGUAUUAAAUAUUCACUUUUUACAUUCCAUGUUAUGACUAAAUUUUUAGAAAAUAAUCAAAAUACUGUUCUUUGUAAAUAUAAAUUUGUAUAUAAGAUUGCUAGGAGAUUGUGGUCGACAUAGUCCCACUGGACACUAAGUGAACUUGUUUGCAUUGGCAAUGUUUCGUGUAUCAUAUGAUAGUUGAAGCAUAUAUAAAAUAUUGCGAAGCAGUACUAGCUCAAACAGCUGUGGCCUGUAAUGUUUGAUCAAUAAUUUUACAUUUGUUUUAAAGGAUUUAUGAUUAUAUAAUAAAUUGCUGUGCUAAGUGCAUAGUGCCUUGUAGGUUGCCAAUUUAGUGCCUAAUGUAUUUUAGGAUACAACAAGAGUUAUAAUAGAUGUUUAAUAACCUGUUGUAUUAUAAUUUUUUUUAAACAGAAUUGAUUAUAUGAGGUUGGUUGAAUCCGCUUUGUAUAUAACAUACCCACAAAUUGUAAGACUGUCAAGACAUAUUUUAUUUCCAUAUAAUAAUUUGCUCUUUACCUACACAUAUGUACACUAUAUUGAUUUUUUAUAUUUUUUUAAUCUAACAAACAUUUCGUCGAUAUACUGUGAGUACUUCGAUGCCUCGUAUAUUUAUUCUUAAUUUUUUUAUUGAGUAACCCUGAAUGUGACUAUCAUUAGGCUGAAAAAAACCACCAGAGAUUAUAAAAAAAAAUUAUUAAGUGUUCCCACCGUGAAACAAAUCAAAGUUUAUUAAGUUAAGCCGAAAUUGCUUAUGUUUCCUGUAUUUCUUAAAAAAAUUAUAUUACUUUAAUUGUGAAUUUUUUAAUUGCUUUCCUUGAAUGUUGUAAAAAGAAUUGUUUAUAUAUUUUAUAAUAAAAUUGAGAAUGUGUAUAAAAAAACCUAUUACACAUUACAUUAAAUUUUCAUUCAAAAGCAGAAUAUUGUACUUCAAGAUUAUGU